AUGGCACGCUCUUCUUCCUGGUUAAACUUGCUGUUGGGCAUAUGGGUAGCCCUUCUCUGCUCGCUAUCCCUAUCUGCUCCUUUAGAAUCCGACGAAAAUUUGCACCUCGUCAAACGAGAUGAUUCUUUAUAUACCAUAUGGAAAAGCAUUCCAGGCGCGCAAAAGGCAAUGGGUGAUUCCGCAUUGGCUUUCGGCAUAGAUCAGUCGGUGGACAAUGCCUGGGGUAUCACUUAUCUCUAUGGAUGCACAGCUCUGAUGAUUUCCGAUCCAAAAUUCGUCAUUGUUGCUCACAUGCAGCAAGAGAGCGGCACGGGAAUAAUAUGUAUCAACGAUCAAACAACGCUAAAUAACUGGCUCGCUCACACGCUUCUGCCUGCACUAGACCAGUAUGAUCCCGUUGGCACCACUGAGGUCGAGUUGAUAUACAAUACGAACAACUGCGCGUGGACCAGCACAGGUGUCCAAAGCAUCGUAACCUGGCUUACGAACAAGGAAAACUGGGGCGUGGAAAGGGAUAAUAUAUUAGGUCGGCCUUACCAAGGCAGUAGCGGUGUGGGUACGCCAAAUACAGGUCAACCACAGGGACUCGCUGUCGUCAGGUGGCUGAAACCGCAGCUCGCAGACUUCACAAUCGGUACACUCCAGACAUUCUUUAACUCCGAUACUCCAAACAGAGAUCAGAUAUUUGUACGCAAAUCUUAAGAUGUUGGCGGCAUGUUGGAGUUUCCAACAGCUAAAGCCUUGCAGGGUGCAGGUGGAACUCGG